UUUUUUGUGCUAUUCGUCAGUCAUCGCCUGUGUUAAAGAAAACUUCAAAAUUCUUCCCUGAAUCAUAUUUCAAUUUGGAUAUUUAUUUUUCUUCGUCCGGUGUAGGCGUGUUUGUCACAAAGUUUUAAAUAAAAACAAAAAAUUUAGUAAAGUGAUUAGAACUACAAAAUAAAUUAAUAAAUGAAAUAAGUUUAAUAAAAUAGCCCAUAAAUGCCGAGUGUAAGCAAUCAAGACGAUUACAAUGUUGCAUUUGUCAAAAUGAAUGGAAAUUUAUGUUAAAUAAUUUUUAUUAUCUGUACAUACUUAUAGGAAGUUUAAAACAAUUAAUAAAACAUACAAAAUUGCAAGUAACAAAUAUUUUGUCAGUGUGUGAAAGACAAGCAUCAACCUGAAAUUGACAACAACAAUAGGCUUGUGGGGCAAUGGUCAGCAGAAGACGCCAUCCCCAGGUGCAAGCCCUCCAACAUCUCCAACGCCAGCCUCUGAAAAGUCACCGAGCUUUAAAUCUCGAUUUUUCAAUAAUUAUAUGAAUCAUUCAAACAAAAAAGAAUGCAAAGGUCAUGGCGAAACAAGUUGGUGUUUUUCACAAGUCAAAGGCGCACUAAACGACGAUAUUACCGAUGCUGAUGUUAUCUCAUGUGUGGAAUUCAAUCAUGAUGGUGAUUUGCUUGCAACCGGUGACAAAGGUGGACGUGUUGUGAUUUUUCAGAGAGAUCCCAAUUCAAAAACAUCUAAUCCAAGAAGAGGUGAAUUCAAUGUUUACAGCACGUUUCAGUCUCAUGAACCUGAAUUCGACUACCUUAAAUCACUGGAGAUUGAAGAGAAAAUCAACAAAAUUAGGUGGCUCAAACGUAAAAAUCAAUCGCACUUCCUGCUUUCAACCAACGAUAAAACGAUAAAGCUAUGGAAAGUGUCGGAGCGAGAUAAGUGCGUCGAAGGAUACAAUACAAAAGAGGAGAAUGGACGAAUUCGAGAGCCCGCCGUCGUUACCUCGCUUCGUGUGCCAUCCAUAAAGCCGAUGGAUCUAAUGGUUGAAGCGACACCAAGACGUGUCUUUGCCAAUGCUCAUACCUAUCACAUCAACUCAAUUUCGGUCAAUUCCGAUCAGGAGACAUACCUUUCGGCCGAUGACUUACGAAUUAAUUUAUGGAAUUUGGAAAUCACCAAUCAGUCGUUCAAUAUCGUUGAUAUCAAACCAUCAAAUAUGGAAGAGUUGACUGAAGUUAUAACAGCAGCUGAGUUUCAUCCUCGCGACUGUAAUUUAUUCGUGUACUCAAGUAGUAAAGGAACGAUUAGACUUUGUGACAUGAGAUCAGCAGCGUUGUGUGAUCAACAUGCAAAGUUAUUUGAAGAGCCUGAGGAUAACGAGAUGAACAAUAAAAGUUUCUUCCGUGAGAUCAUCAGUUCGAUUAGUGAUGUUAAGUUGAGCAAUUCGGGACGUUACAUGAUGUCAAGGGAUUAUUUGAGUAUUAAAGUUUGGGAUUUGCAUAUGGAAACAAAGCCGGUUGAGACAUAUUCGGUUCAUGAGUACUUGCGAACGAAGCUUUGUUCCCUCUAUGAAAAUGAUUGCAUUUUUGAUAAGUUUGAAUGUUGCUGGAAUGGAUCCGAUACGUCAAUAAUGACCGGCAGUUAUAACAACUUCUUCCGUGUCUUUGAUCGUAAUUCAAAAAAAGAUGUCACAAUGGAAGCGUCAAAGGACAUCAUAAAGCCGAAGACGAUUCUCAAGCCGCGCAAAGUCUACACGGGGAAUAAGCGAAAAAAGGACGAAAUUAGUGUUGAUUGUCUGGACUUUAAUAAGAAAAUCCUUCACACUGCUUGGCAUCCACUUGAGAACAUCCUUGCUGUGGCGGCUACGAAUAAUUUAUUCAUAUUUCAGGAUAAGUUUUAGCUAAUCAUGCUCCAUCUCAGCAUCAUUUACAUUAAUUUUUAUUUCAAAUAUGAUCCGCUCCCCAGACUCGCGCUUUUUUUUCUUCUCUUCUUUUCAUUAUUAUGUAUGAGAUUCAUUGGACUAAAGUGCAAAUGAAUAAGUGAAUCAGAUCGCUGGCGAGUAGAUACGUUAUCGAAUGAAUUUGCUUUUUAAUUUUACCAUCCAGUACAUCUCUAUAUAAAAAAAUGCCCUCCCACGCACGAACUUGUCUUUUUAAAACGCUUAAAAAAAUUACAUUCAUCGUGUUUGUUUUUAGUUGAUGAGUUCAUGUGGAAAUAAUAUUUUUUUCAUUUUUAAAAAUUCCUAAACUCUUUCUUUUAUUAACAUCACUCGUUAUUUCCUUCAAUAUGUUUUUAUAUUCUUUCAAGUUUUCUUUUUUGUGUGCUGAAAAAUUUCCAUGAAUCGCGCAAUAAUUAGAAAAAAAUUUCAUUAUUCAAAAAGAUAAAAAAAGAGAAGAAGAAAACAUAAAAACCUGAUUAAAGUUAAUUAAAUGUAAUCGAAAACAAAAGGUAAAGAAACACAUUCUGGUCGCUUGAAAUUUCCCAUCAUUCCAUCAGAUGUUAAUGACGAGAAGCUUAAUUUUCCUUCUUCUUAAUGGAUAAGGAAUUUCCUUAAUAAUCCUUUGCUUUUUAAGCUCAUCAGAUCAUUAUUAAGUCACAUUUUCUUAUCUGACAAGAAAUUUGUUGAAGAAAAAUUUGCUGAAACUUUUUCCGCUUAAAUAUUUAAGAGAAAGAAAAAAUUUGCAAAUGAAAAAAUUUCAACAGAGAUAAAUUUUCUUUUCUUCAAUUAAAUUAUCAACUUUUUGCUGGGAUUUCUGUGAUGUUUCGCCAUCAAUUUUUUUUUCUGUGGGUGAUGUUGAUGGGGGUGCUUUUUAUAAAUAAUUCAAGGGAAAAUUGGAGAAAUUGAAACUGAGAUGACGAAAUCCCUGCUUUGAGUUGCAAUUUUUUUUUCUUUUCAAAUAAAUAAUAAAUAAAAACUAAAUAAAUAAAAUUUGCUGAUUGAUUACUACCGACUAAGAAGAACAAAAGAAAAUGUGGAGAUAAAAUCAUUUGAUAAAAAUUUUAGUGUCCAUUGAGGGCAUGAAAAAUGAGCAUUUGACACAACAUAAAACAUUUAAAAUUAAUGUAAAAAAAAGUUUCUUUGCAAAUAUUUUGGUUUUUCGGAGUUUGUAUAAAAAAAUAUUUUUUGCUCUAGAGAAAAGAUUUGGGAGAAAAGAGUUGUGCAUUGCUAGAUUUAUUUUUUAAUAAAAUUUGACUCGUGAAAGAGAAAAUGCUAGCUUCCCAUACUGAACAUUUCAACGAAAAGACCAACAUGCAUGCAGACGAAAUAAUUUUAACUUGUAAUAAGAUAAUAAGACGAGGAAACGUUAGUGAAGUUUCAUCAAACAUGGCACUAAUAAAUUUAAGAAAAAAGAGUAAAUUCUUUGUAAAAUUAAGUAGCUUAGAAUAUGGAAUUGUGGAGAUUAAAGACGAUGAUUUGUGAGUGCAAAUUUACGGUGCCAAUUUGAUGAGAAAAAAGCUCGUUUCAACUAACGUCGGAUGGACUUGCCUGACAAGACUUUUUCACAAAAAAAAAUAAUAAAGUAAUAACAAGCGAGUUAAAUUAUUAUGUAAUUAUCUAACUGAAGUGAUUGAUCCUCUUUUUUUUCAAGCAACAAAACCCCUGCGAGUCGCAUUUUAAUAAACAGAUCUUUCGGUUUUUUGCCAUAAAAACGCGAAGUGCUAAGAGUUACAUGAGAGCAAAUGAUAAGAGCAAAAUUACAACAAGAAAAUUAUAGAAUUAUUUACUAAAGAAGAAUUGAAGUAAUAAAACAAAUUCAAACAAAAGAUCCGCAUAAAUCAAUUUAUUUUUACUUGACUUUCAGUGCGAACUCGAGUGACUUGCACAACACUACAAGAAGGUUUGAAAGUGUUGGUGUUAAACAACAUCAACGUAAUCCAUCAGCAUAAUCCAAUUGAAGAGAGAAUUUA